GUGGAGAGAGAAACAUGAAGAUAUAUAUAGAGAGUGGUUGGCCAGUAAAAAGAGAGGUGGGCACUGCAGCAUACGCCUAUCAUCAUACGUAUUAUAAGAUGAUCACAUCUCACACACAAGCAUAUCACCCAUCCUAGAGAAUAGAGAUGAGAUGACAAGGCGACGUUGCAUCACAUAUUCUGCCUUUUUGUUUUUGUUUGAUUCAUUCAGAACAUUCGCCUUUCUUGUUGCAAUGACAAGAACCUGCUGGUGAGGUGAUGCUUGGCUGAAUGGCUGGAUGCCAACCUCUGCAAGAAGGCAAGGAACCGCAGGGGCUGCAGCCGUACGAUGCCUGCGAUCCUUCGGUGUUCAUAGGGCCAGUUCUGCUGCCCCGGCAGGCCAGAUCGGGCCCUCCGGCGCCGCCGGAGAUGUCAUCGUCGUCGGGGUCUGGUAGGAGCGCGACGGAGGCGAGGGCUCUGAAGAUCCGCAGCGAGGCCGAGCGGCGCCGCCGGGAGAGGAUCAAUGCUCAUCUGACUACGCUUAGGAGGAUGGUCCCUGAUAUUAGGCAGAUGGACAAGGCCACCUUGCUUGCGAGAGUGGUAGACCAAGUGAAGCUGCUGAAGAGGAAAGCAAGUGAGGCCACUCAAAGCAUGGCCCUCCCACCGGAGACCAACGAAGUCUCCAUCGAGCUCCACACCGGCAACAACGGCGUCGUCGUCGCCGGCACCGACAAGAUGAUCUACAUGAAGGCCUCCAUCAGCUGCGACGACCGGCCGGACCUCAUCGCCGGGCUCACCCAGGCGUUCCAUGGCCUGAGGCUGAGGACAGUGAGGGCGGACUUGACCUCGUUAGGAGGAAGGGCGCAGCAUGUGUUCGUGCUGUGCAGGGAGGAAGGCUGGGGCAGUGCAGGCGCAAGCCUCAGGUCUCUGAAGGAGGCUGUCAGGCAGGCGCUGGCCAGGGUCGCUUCCCCAGAAAUGGCAUAUGGGAGUAGUUCCUUUCAGAGCAAGAGGCAGAGGAUUCUGGAGUCACGUUGCUCAAUUAUGUCCAUAUAGAUGAUUUUUAGGCCUGGUUUAGAUCACUUUGUAUUUUGGAUUUUUAGAAGAAAAUCUUCAACAUUUAAAAUAUUAAA